AAAACUUAAGGUUAGCCAUUUGGUGUAUUUCUACUCAACAUAAUUAUAACCACCAUGGAUAAAUCCAAGAUCAAGUCCAUCUUACCCAAGCCCUCACCCUCUGCCAGUCAGAGUCCCACGGGGCUCCAAUCCCAACGAGGUCUCAACUCCCAGAAUCCCGCGUUGUCAGGAAUAAACGGGCCAAGUUCUCGUCUGUCGUUACCUCCUAUUAAACGGUCUUCUUCCAGUGCCAACGACAUCAAAAAAUCAAAAAUUAAGAAGGAAUCCCACUCGAGUUCCAAACCCACCGGCCACAGACCCGUCACCUCUUGUACUUUCUGCAGGCAGCACAAGAUCAAAUGUAACGCUUCUGAAAACUAUCCCAACCCGUGUCAACGAUGUGAACGUAUGGGUUUGAGCUGUGAAAUCGAUCCUCAAUUUAGACCCAAGAAGGGAAGUCAGAUCCAGUCGUUGAAGAGUGAUGUCGACGACUUGAAGGCCAAAAUCGAGAUGUUAACCCGCAAUGAAACCCUUUUAACCCAGGCCUUGACUCACCAAAACAAUUACAACAUGCCAUCGAUGGCAGCACAAAGCCCGGCCAUCGCUACGUAUCACCUGGAGUAUACGCCCUCCGGUGAUGUCACCCCCUAUUCAAACCCCCCCCAUGUCGCCCAGAAUGAGCGAUAUAAGUUUAAACCAUCACUUGGGUAUCCAUCAUCUCCACAAAACCAUGCCGAAACCUCCCCGGCCAUCGAAGAGUUCAUCUUGGGGGAUGUACACUUGCCCUUGGAGAAGGCUAAUGAAUUGCACGACAGAUUUAUUAUCAAGUACUUGCCGUUCUUACCCAUUAUCAAUUCCAAUAGCGCAACCGAAUUGUACUACAAAUCCCAAUUGUUGUUCUGGUCGGUGAUUUUAACCGCGUGCUUAAGUGAGCCUGAGCCUUCCUUGUACAUGAGUUUGAGUUCUUUGAUCAGACAGUUGGCAAUUGAAACCUGUUGGAUCAGAACCCCCAGAUCGACGCACGUGAUUCAAGCCUUGAUUAUUCUUUCCAUAUGGCCUUUACCCAAUGAGAAAGUCUUGGACGAUGCGUCUUAUCGGUUUAUUGGCUUGGCUAAAAACUUGUCUUUGCAGCUUGGUUUACAUCGUGGGGGUGAAUUCAUUAAGGAAUUCUCGAGGACUCAGGUGAGCUUGGGCCCAGACUCUGAGAAGUGGAGGACUAGAAGUUGGUUGGCAGUAUUCUUCUGUGAACAGUUCUGGUCGUCAUCUUUAGGGUUACCUCCUGCUAUCAAUACCACCGAUUAUUUAUUGGAAAACGCCAGAAUUGACUCAAGACUUCCAAAAAGCUUCAGGUGUCUUAUUUCUUUGUCGAUCUUCCAAUGUAAAUUGGUCAAUGUGAUGGGAAUCUCCGUCACCAGACCUGAUGGGUUAUUGGAACCAUCCAAUAGAGCUGGCUCGUUGAAUAUUUUGGACAGGGAAUUGGACAGACUCAAAUUUAAAUUGAAUAUCGAUGACGAUGCCACUGAGAUUUAUUACUUAUAUUUAAAGUUGAUGAUCUGUGGGUUUGCGUUUUUGCCUGGUACUCCAAUUGAAGAUCAAGUCAAAUAUGUCAGUUCUGCUUACUUGUCAUCAACUAGAAUCAUCACCAUGGUGUCACAAAUGGUCAACAGUAAUCAGUUCUUGUUGAUCGAAUUACCGAUUUAUGUCAGACAAGCCUUAAGUUAUUCGGUGUUUUUGUUGUUCAAGUUACAUUUAUCACGCUACUUAAUCGAUAAAUACGUCGAUAGGUCAAGGCAGUCGAUUGUCACGGUUCAUCGGUUAUUAAGAAACACUUUAUCUUCUUGGAAAGACUUACAGAAUGAUAUCUCCAGAACUGCCAAAGUAUUGGAGAACUUGAACAUUGUAUUGUAUACUUACCCCGAUGUAUUCAACAAUGAUGAUGAAACUUCCAUAAUCAGCAAGAUGAGAAGCCAUUUGACUGCUUCGUUGUUCUAUGAUUUAGUAUGGUGUGUCCAUGAAGCAAGAAGACGUACUCUUCAAGAUAAGCAAAACCCAGAUCAAGCACAAAACGGGAAGAUUCCCAAGAAGCUCACCGAUGGAGAUAGAAGAAUCGCACCAUUGCCAUUCUACAACCAAAUCACCAAAGAUGAUUUUAAAACCAUUAUCACCACCACUCCUAAUGGAACUACGGUUACCACCUUGGUUCCUACAGAUCUGGCCAUGAACCAAGCCAAAGAGAAAGCCAAAUCAAGUAAGAAUAAAAAGAUCGAAAUCAAUGGAAUCCCCUUGUCUAUGCUUGAAGCUACUGGGUCUAUUAACGAUAAGAAUAAAGACUCUGAUGGUAUUACAGUACUUUCAAGUGCUCAAUCACCUCUUCCUCUAAUGUCACCCGAUAUUCCAAAGCCCCAGAUGUCCCUGCAACUGAACGAAAUAAGAUCAAACAUAGUUCCUGUGUCGAACUCUAUGAAUUUAUUGGAACCUACUAAUAAUGAUGGUAUUUUUACUCAGAAUAGUCUUCUAGUCGACAAUGGUGAAACUACCCCAUUCGUUAAUGACCAGUUAGAUACCUUUUUCCAGCAACAAUCAGACGGCUGGAUCAAUAAUGACAAUUAUCAAGAUGACGACUUUUUGGGCUGGUUUGGUGCCAGCAUGAUGCCUGAAAACUAAUGUUUGUAUUGUAUAUAUUAAUUAAAGUGACUUGAAUGAACGAUGAGAAAUGUAUGGUGGGUGUGCGUGUGGAACCCAAAGUGAAAAAUCGAUCUUCUCAUUCGAGCCCCGUUCACGUGAGAUGUAGCAAUCAUCUACUUAAUAACCGACCAACUUGCCACAAACUCCAGUAAAAUUCAACCUAUUCAUUCUUCUUACUUACCAAAAUGUUUAGACAAUUGCUUAAAACCUCUCCCAGAUCCUUCAGACCUGCUGUCCAAUUGCAAACCCUUCAACUCAGAAAUAUCACUUUUGAUUUGUCCAAACAACCAAGAAUCAGAAUUGGAUCUGAAGCACCAAACUUCGAAGUCGACACCACCAAAGGAAAAAUUGACUUCCACAAGUUCAUUGGUGACAACUGGGUUGUGUUCUUCUCCCACCCCGCCGAUUUCACCCCUGUGUGUACUACUGAAUUGGGUGCUUUUGCCCAAUUAGAACCAGAGUUUUCCAAAAAAGGUACCAAGUUGAUUGGUUUGUCGACCGAACCAGUUGAAAGCCACAAGGCUUGGAUCAAGGACAUUGAAUCUUACAAAAACACUUCCGUCAACUUCCCCAUCAUCGCUGAUGACACCAAAGAAAUUGCUUUCAAGUACGACAUGUUGUCCGAAGAACAGUUGCAAAACAUCAACAGCGGAUUGGUGCCAACCAUUAGAUCCGUUUUCAUCAUCGACCCAGCUAAGAAGAUCAGAGCCAUCAUCUCAUACCCACCAUCUUUGGGAAGAAACUCUGCUGAAGUGUUAAGAGCUGUUGAUGCUUUACAAACUGCUGACAAGAAUGGAGUAGUUACUCCAAUUGAUUGGACUCAAGGCCAGGAUGUUAUCAUUCCUCCAACGGUGAGUGAUGAAGCUGCCAAGGCCAAAUUUGGUGAAUUCACCAAGCACUUCAACUACUUGAGAACCACUAGCUUAAAGUAACUAAGUAUCACCAAUAUAAAGACGGUUCGUGCCUAUACCGCUGUUGCCAGUAAUUAUGCCAGUUUGGGAAAAUUAAUUGCUUACGCGUCUGGCAUCUGGCAUCCGCGAUUUU